CGGCGCGGCGGGAUGGAGACGGGCGGGUGCCGCAUGGGCGGCGCGGGGCCCGGCGGGCCGGCCGCGAUCACGCUGGAGGAGCUGGACGCGCUGCCCGAGGAGAGCCCCGACUCGGCGUACCACAGCCACGGCAGCAGCCUGGAGGAGGAGGCGGCCGAGCGCAUGGACGACGAGGAGCAGGAGCGGCUGCUGAGCUACUGGCAGAGCGUGGGCCGGGGGCACCAGGUGGAUGUGCCCCGCGACAUGGCAGAGCCCAUCCAGCAGCUGACCAGGAAUAACAACCCCCAGGAGAGGCAGAGCAUCCCCUUCACCCUGAUCCAGCGCAAGGAGAAGCUGGGAGACCUGCUCUAUGAGAAAAGGCAGUAUGGCAAAGCCAAGUGGGCUUGUAUCAAGAUGAAAGAGAAGCAGUAUGAGCAGAGCAUCUGCCUCGGGUUCAUGAAGCUCAUGAGGUACAUCUGUGAGCAGAACUCCUCAGGGCUGUACCUGGGGAUCACCGUGCCCAUCGUGACCAUCGUGCACACCAACGAGGCACAGUCUGCCAUGACACAGGCCGUGACUGUGGCCUAUUACCUGCCCGAGGUGCUGCAGGAGCAGCCCCCACACCCCUUCGACUCGGACAUCAUCAUCGAGGAGUGGCCUGCCACCAUUGUCUACAGCAGGAGCUUCAGAGGCAUCACCAACGAGGACUCCAUCAUGAGGGAGAUCAACCUGCUGGCAGCCAUCCUGGAGAGCCCCGAGCUGUGCCUGCGGGACACGUUCAUCAUCGCGGGCUACACCAACCCCGCGGCCGCCAACCGCCACAACGAGAUCUGGUUCCUGCAGCGGCCCUGAGCUGCUGCUGCUGCUGGGCCCGGAGCUCCUCUGCCACAGGUGAACACAGACAGUGCCCUCCCUCCCAGGGCAGCCCCGGGCUCCAGCUGGGCUAGGAGCAGCCAGCCCAGCCCAGCCCAGCCCAGCCCACCCACACAGCCCUACGGCAACCCUGCCCCUAAUGGGGGGUUUAGCACUCGCAAUGUUAGCUCACCGUACCGAUUUCUGGGCCAGGUAAGGGAGGCAGAGAUCUCUUCUCUCACACACUUGCUGGCAUCCCCAGCCUGCCUGUGGCUCAGGAUGGUCCCUGGGGACAUCCUGGAGCCCUGGCCUGCUCUGGUGCUGCACAGAGACCCUGCUGGGGCUUGCAGGGUGACACCAAACCCACCUCACCCAGGCACAGAAAGAAUGUCCAGGUUCCAGUUCCUGAGGAGAGUGACCAGACUUAGCCCAGUGUGUUAGAGCAAGGAGGAAGAACAGCCAAUGCUGAGAGCUGUGGCACACAAUCCCCAGUGCUUACCUCAGAAAGCUCCCAACCAAAGCACCCAAGUCUGCAGGGAGACCAAAAUAAUCACCCCAGUCCCACUGCUCACCCCAGUGCUGACAGCAAAAUUCCAGGUUCCCCUCAUCACACUCCCCAGGCAUCCCAUGACUGGCUCUGGCACUCCUAAGGAGACACUGGUCACUUUGAACUGCAGGUUUCUGAACAGUUUAUUCUCCCAGCUUUGCUGGGGGUUAAAGCACUGCAGCUGGAGUGAAUUGUUCAGUACUCCUGGCACUGCUCUGCCAGUCCCACACUGCUAAUGGCACAAAUGGCACCAAUCCACAGAGAACAGCCCAGCUGGGAGUGCCCUUGGGCAGAGCACUCUGCUGAGAGCAGGGCCAGGCAGCACCCCAGGAUGGGGAGCCACAGCCCCCCAGCCCUGCCCAGCACCUGACCACCCUCACUGUGACAGUUUUUUCUUCCUGGAAUCAAUUUGCUGUUUGUUUUGCCCUUCAGCCCUGUGCUAAGCCCUGAGCUGCCAGCCUGGCUGGCUGCAGAGGCUGAGCUCCCCCAUUGCAGAGCCCCUGAGGGUCUGGGAGCAGCAUUCCCCCUGCUCCACACAGCCCAAGAGCACCUACUGCACUUUAGAGUCAGGGCAGCAAAGGAUUUUGCUCUCCAAAAUCCCUCCCUAAUGUGUCCCCUUACUGACAAGAUGGUAGAGUUUAUUCUUCAUAGAAGUAAAUGUCUUUUUAUAGAAAAUUCACUGAAUACAUCACCAGCAUUAUUUAUUGGUUACAGGAUUUAGGGUCCCAACAGAGCUUCUGUGCUCUUUAAUUCCAACACAGUCCAACAAGCAGAGCCAGGGGCUGCUAACUCACAGCAGGGUGAAAAAACGGCUCCAAAAAUGGAUUUGUGGACUUCUGAAAGAACCCACAGGGCUCUGUGCUCAACCCAAAACCUCUCCCUGAGCAGCAGGAUCAGAGUGGCCCUGGCUGAAGAAGAACCAAGGUGCCCUCUGGUGCCUGCUGGGCAUGGAGAUUCCUUGGGAAGCAGCAAGGAGAGGGAGAGUAGAAAACAGAAAAUAAAAGAGACAUGAAAGCCUUAGUUUUAACAAAAACAAAUAGUCUUUAAGGAGAGGGGAAAAAUACCCAAGCCAACUAAAAUACAAAGCAGUCUCACAGCCUGAGAGAAAGAAAAUUAAAAAUGCCAGCCAGUAUUAAACCAAAAGCUCUUAAAUAAAGGAAAAUGGUAAAUAUAUUUUUAAAACUGAGUUGAAUAGAAGGCCCAGGGGGGCAUUAAACAAAAGGUUUUGUUCUCAUAUCCUCCCCCAAUAAAAGUAAUUUUCACCUUUGACAAGAUUUGAUGGCAAAUCAAAGAAGCUUCUGCCAUCUGAUUGCUUUUGCCAGUUAGAGGAGCUCUCAUGAUGCUUUGGCACAACAGAUGUUGGCUUGCCCUGGAAGCAGUGAAAUCCUCUCACCACACAGCACCAGUUUGUAAAUAAUUGACACUUUAAACUUCUCCUGCAAGAGCAUCUGCUGUGUCUGAUGUCCCUGUCCAUAGGCAUCCCCUGCUGUGGGUGAUGUUCUAGAAACAUCCCUGAACCCUGAGCAGAUCUGAGUGUGCUGAUACCCCCCCUGCAGCCCAGCACUCCCUGCUGCUUCUGCCUAACUGUGAAUUCCAAGAUAGUAUUUAUUUAUUUUGACUUCUGUUAGAUGGCUUCUGCUGCUGAGGAAAAAAAUACAAAAAAAAACCAAACCUAUUUCAGCUCCAGUUUGGAGAUACACUUUAUGGCUUGGUACCAACAGCUGUCACUGGCCCUCAUGAGCACAGGGACCAACAGCUCCAGUGUUUAGCUGACACAAAACACAGUUUAUUUAGUUGUUACACCAGUGAUUGCCAAGCAAACAUCCCUGUUACUCAGAUCUGACAACACCAUGUCAGGCAUGAUUGCCUAGAACAGGUAUUUUGUUAUCCAUCCAUGGCUCUGCUCUGGGGGCCACUCAUGAAUUUUCAGUUUUAAUGUGAAGUUAUCAGCUUUCCACUCAUGAAAGGAGAUAAUAAAUCAGCAUUCACCCCAAUUUUUGGAAGAAUAAAUGAUGUAGCCUUAACAGAUAAGUGUAUCCUGCAUACUGUGUAUUUUCCAAACCAGAGUUAGUGCCUAAAAAGUUGAUUCCAGCUAUUGUGAUACUCAGGGCCUUGCUUACUGUAUGUAAAGAUCUCCAGUUUAAAGAGUUGCUCUGGCAUUGUUGUGCUGUGCUGUCUGACAUGUCCUUCACACUGAAAUGUUGUCUUGUUUACUGUUUGUCCCAAUUAAAGAGAAUGGUUUUAUUGUGCACAGG